UUCUCCUGUCAUAGGUGUCAAACAGAAUUUGCUGGAAUUCGUCGGAUUAUGGAGAAUCGCAGUGUUUGACUGUUUGUUAAUUCAAUUUAUAGAAAACACUAAUAACAAUCAAAGAUGGAAGGAGUUCCUAAACUUUACAUGUUACGGACAUCUCUAAAGACAUCCCCGGAAAGAACAGAUUUUAGUCGAAAAGUUAAAUGGCAAAUUCGAGAGCACUUUAACGAGGAUCCGAACAGCUAUGCCAAUGAAACCAGAGAACUCGAAACUCUUCGUGCUGCAGCAUGCCAUCCACCCCAAGAUUUUACUGGCUGCUCUCUAUUAAAAAAAUACUACUGUCAACUUAAUUUUCUGCAAAAUCGAUUCACAUUUAGUGAAGCAGGAAGAGAUGAAGUCUUCUUUACAUGGUGUGAUAUGUACACUGGAUUGGCAUAUUCAACAACUGAUAUCAAGCAUGAAAUGGCGUGUGUGUUGUACAAUAUUGGUGCUCUACACAUGAACUUGGGUGCCAUGGACAGUCGUCAGACUGCUGAUGGCAUGAAGAUAAGCUGUUCUCACUUUCAGUGUGCUGCUUGGGCUUUUCAACAGCUCAAUGAAAAAUAUCCUCAACAGAGAGAGACAGAUUUGGGCUAUGAUCUUGUCAAGUUUUUUGCAACAGUUUCACUUGCCCAGGCUCAAGAAUGCAUUUUAGAAAAGAGCAUUAUUGAUGGGCGGAAACCUGGAAUAGUGGCAAAGGUAGCUGCCCAGAUUGUUGAUUAUUACAAGUCAGCUGUUAAAGUGCUGGAUCAGGGUGACAACCAUCCAGAUGGUAAUGCCCUAGUCGAAGUUGCCGGAGUCAAAGCUUAUAAUAUUUGGAAAAAGUACAGCGAAUUCAAGAUGACGUUCCAUCAGUGUGUGGCUUUGCUCUACAUGGGUAUACAUAGUGAGGAGAUGCAGAAGAUGGGAGAAAGACUUGCUUACUUUCAGGCUGCAAUGGAUAAACUUACAGAGGCGACCAAAAAAGCCAAAAAACUAGAAAAUAAAUCAGAAAGUGUCAAUGAUGCGAUUUCUUUCGUCCAUGACGUUGUUGGUGGCAAACUCAAGGCAGCCGAGAAAGAAAACGAAUUCGUUUACCAUGAAAAAGUUCCCGACCGCGCUUCAUUACCUGACAUUAAGGGCGCAUCUCUUGUGAAAGGCACGCCUUUCGAUGUUACAGACCCUGAAAUCGCUGGCCAGGAUAUUUUUCAUCGAUUAGUACCCAUGGAAGCUCACGAAGCAUCUUCACUCUACAGUGAGGAAAAAGCCAAACUACUACGUCGAGUUGGUGGAAAUGUCGAAGAAAAAGAUCAAGAAUUGGCAUUGUUUUUAACAUCACUUCAGGUUGACCAAUUGAGAGUGCAUUUGGAACCAUCGGGUCUACCGCAGGAGUUGAUUGAUCUCUGUGCAGCGUUUAGUGUCGAAACAAACGUGGUCCAAAGUCUGAUUGAUGCCAUGGGUGAGCUGUCGUCAGUCUACACUGAUGUAGAGUCUUCAUUGGCCGAAAUCCAAAAUCUUUUGAGCGAAGAACAAGAAAAUGAAAGGAUUUAUCAAGGCCAAGGCAAACGACCCCCUUCAAUGAUCUUAAAAGAACUUUCGCUUGAAGCUGGUCGCUUUGUCGAAGCCCACGCAAAAGCUGCUGAUUCCAACAUGCUCCUGCAUAAGGCCAUCAAUUCACAUUUGGGCAAUUUGCGGACUUUAAGCCUUCCAUUAUCUGAAAUCCAAGCUCAGUUACCCAGUAUUCAAGUGCUGGAAUCAAGUAAAGACCAAGCAGCUAUUAAAGAGUUGCAUCGGCUUCUCGACAAGGUGGAAGAGAUGCGCAAACAACGCCAAAUGCUUUACACUCAAUUACGUGAAGCCCUUCAAGCCGAUGACAUCACCAAAUUGGCAACCCACCAGACGGAUUUAGAGGUCCUAUUUACCCAGGAGUUGGCAAAGCACCAACGGUUGACUUCGUUAAUCGAACAAAAUCUUUCAGCCCAGGAGAAGAUCCUCGUUGCUUUAACGGAAGCCAAUGCUCGAUACGCAGACACGCGACGCUCCACUGCCGACAUUCAGCAGCGUCGAAUUGCAACCGUAGCUGCUCUGAUGGCUUCCGCCGAGGCCUAUCCAGAUCUGAUUGCAAAGUGCCAAAAAGGUCUCGAAUUCUACAGGAAGAUGGACACGAAUGUCACGAAACUCUUGCAGCGUUUGCGAUCCGUCUGUCGUGUCCAACAGGAAGAGCGUGAACAGCAGGAGGCUGCACGAGAACGCAAUCGCCCCACUCCUGUGACCAACCCACGACCCGAAAUUCCAGAAUCUACUGAUGUAACGAGCGGUCCGAAGUUGAAAGAUUUUCUUCAUUUAAUGAAAAAAGAUCGAGUUGGAAUGGAACCAUCUUUUAUUCCAACCACAUCGUCAGCACCUCCACCGGGUUCUGCUGGAGCUGAUGCCGUCGCCCCGUUUAGUUACCCGUAUCAACGUCCGACUCCUCUUGGUGCCGAGCAGAGUGAUCGCCAUCCGCAAUCGACGCCCUAUGUGCCUGACGGCAAUUCUUAUUACUAUCAAAAUAAUACUUCCCAAAGUGGGUUCCCGCCUUCUGGACCAAAUCCACCAAGACCAACUUAUAGUAGUGGUUUCCAAACAACUGAUAGGUCUUCGUCGUUUUCAGCCACCCAACCGGGUGCUUCUAGUUUGGCUCAAUCCAGCUACAAUUAUCCUUCUCCUUCGGCUUCUCCCCUUCAUCAGCAACCCACCACUGCAGUCAAUCCGCAUCCGAUUCCUACUAGCCAACCCCAACAACCGUCUUAUCCAUCAGCAGGAGGUCAGGCGUAUCUGGGUCAGCAACCGUCAGGAGGAGGAGGAGGAAACAACCCGCAGUCUUUUGGUUCAACUCAACAUAUGCAACCUCAGAAUUAUCCACCUACUUCCAACUAUUAUGGCCAAGUUCUUGGUGCGACAUCGUACGACAUCGCCUUGUCGAUGCAGCAACAAGCAUACCCUACAGUCUCUCAAAUGGGGCAACAACCUACCCCCAGUGUUCCCGUAACAACAACUUCUAAUUCCUCAACCAAUUACCCAACAGCGAGUUAUAUGACUCCUAAUGGAGGAACUUCAUCGGCUUAUGCUCCUCACUUUGCCCCGGCAACCCAACAGCAACCAUCUUCUGCAGCUCCUUCAUCUUUUUCCCAAACGGCUGUUGCCGUAUCUCAACAGCAGCAGACUUAUGGGGUUGCGAGUUAUCUGAACCAACCAUCCGUUGGGAGAGAAACCCAAUCGGGUCCCUUGUCUUAUCCAAACACUCAUGUAAACAUUCCUCCAACUCAGCAACAACAGUAUCCCUAUUAUCCGGGCAGUUCCAUGUACGGCUAUCCGCCUGCAACAACAACAGCGGCUGCAGCUUCAAUGCAUCAAUAUCCGUACGGAUACAGCUCGUCCAAUCCAAACAUAGACGGGAGUGGGGGUUAUCAACACGGAGUAACAGGUACUAAUAAUUCGGCUCUCUCUCAGUCAGCCGGACAUCAAGGUCCGGGAUUAAUAACCGCCGCUUCGGCUUCCGGAAUCGGACAGUAUCAACAUUAUCCUUACUAUCCAAAUCCAGUUGAUCCAGUCAAUAACUAUCACUACCAGCAUCCUGGAUCUUACUAUCCGGCUGCCAAUUCUUAUCCUCCGGCCGCAGAGCAAAUUCUUCAGCCUACUCCGUUGGCUCCCACAUCAGUUCCUGCCGCUCCUACUGUUGCUCAGGCUCCCGUAGCUCAUUUACCCGCCACCGUGCCGCCAAAUCCCACAGGCGUUGGACAAGUCGCUAGCAAUUUAGAGCUUUUGACGCUUUUAGAUCUUUCUGUUCCUAUGGCUCCUAUCGGUGGCCUAUUGGAGCCCCAACCUAGAGAGGCUCAAACUCCUGGUGGGAGUACACAAGGUACGACUACGCUGACCAAUUCAACCAUCAAGUCGGUUAUGAUGACUCCCGCUGCCACGCCUGAUCCAAUCAAACCCACGUCCAUCUCCUCCGCUACUGAAUCUUUUCCUUUUCACGAAUCACCUACCAAAUCUGAAGUGAAACUAACCACGCUCCCAACCACUGGCCACAAAGAUCCUUUAGCUGACGCUGAAUUAGCAUGUAAACUGGCUGUGGAUGUCGAGAAGUUGGACAAGUUGGUGGACGGCCUGACUCGCAAAAGUCUCAAUGGACCAACCUCACUGGACACCCGCUGGAAGGAAGUGCUGGAAUUGCAAGAGCGUGAGUCAACUCGUCACAGUAUUUCGGUGGCGCGGUGUUAUCCCAUGAAGAACCGACUCCCAGAUGUGCUACCUUACGACCACAAUCGUGUGGAGCUGCCCACUACAAAGGAUGAUUACAUUAACGCCUCUUUGGUUCCUGCUUUAUCGCCUGGCGCUCCCUCUUUCAUCGCCACUCAAACGCCAUUGCCUUGCAGCCAGCAGGACUUUUGGACGAUGAUAUGGCAACAAUCGGUUGAAAUUGUUGUUUGUUUACUUUCGGACGCCGAAAUACCCAAGCCCAGCCCUUCAACGACAGCUAUUUAUUGGCCUGUAGAGAAGGGCCGUGAUGUCAUCUCUGGCCCCUGGACCAUAACACUUCAGAGCAGUAACAUCCGCUCGUAUUGCCACGAACGAAUCCUUGGUCUCAGCAAAAACGGAGAAGCCAAACAGCGUGUAGUCAUACACUUACAAUUUACAGCCUGGCCUGGAAGUAGCUUUCCCGCUUCGCCUGCCCAGUUUCUUCAAUUGACGAAUGAAGUGCUUCACUGUUGGCAGCAGCAACGAAGCAAAACCCAUCCGAUCGUUGUCCAUUGUCUGGCGGGCGCAGGACGUACUGGUCUUUUUUGCCUCCUCUCUACGGCCCUCAAUGACCUUACUUCAGGCCAUGGACUGUUGGACGUCGUACGGGUUGCGGCGAGCCUUUGCCAGCAUCGACGCAACAUGUUCCGAGAUCGUGAACACUUGCUCUUUGCUUACCAAGCCUUACUUUAUCACGCCCAGGAUUUACUCAUGAAAAGAGGAAUUUUGUCGGGAACGACUUCAUUGCAAGGAUCCCCUAUAAAGAAACAUCAUCCAUCGCAAGAUUUCAUUCAUUCACCGAUUCCAACUCCUUCGAACAAUGCGACACCUGUGUUGGAGGCAGCGGCGAAUGUUUUGAAAGAAACGACAGCAACGGAAGAAGUGGCUCCCCAAGUAACAGAAGAACCAGCAGCGAUGUUGCAAACGACAGACACACCUACGCCAAAAAAGAGCCAGGCUCUAGGGGCGUUGGCUAUCCUUGAUCCGGCAAACUUCACGUUGGACGGCGGCCAAACAAAUAGACACCGCGUUACAAAAGAAAGUUUUAAAAACGCCUCUCAGCUCGGUUCAAUGUCUGAUCCUUCUGAUCCGCUCAGCCAACUCGAUCCUUUGUGGUCAUUGGCUAAAUAAGUUUUUCUGAGUCAAAUUGAAGGCCAUUAUUAUCGAUACUACGCUGAUGGCAAAAGAUAGCGAAUUAUUUCUUGCCUCUUUCUUCUUCUUCAUUAUUAUUUAGUAAUCUGAUCAAAUAGCUUCCCAUGGCGACAUAUUAGUUUGUUAGCAUCGUCUGAAGAUUUAACCCGUGGAAGAAUGGCAUAUUUUGCAUUCCGCUAAGUUUUUUGGAAUUUUAUGAUUGAUGUACCGAAUACACGUUCAACAUUAA